AUGUCAAUUUACAAAGAAAAGGGCGGCAAUGGCUCAAUUGAGUAUGGGUCCUCGAUUGUCCAUCAUGAUGGCGAAUACGAUUACGGCACCGAUUUCAAAGACGUAGAUCGUAGCAAAGGUGCAUCUUCUACUUAUGCAUACUAUAAUGUUGUGUGUGUCAUUGCUGGCACUGGUACCUUGGGCUUGCCACAUGCGUUGGCUCAAGGAGGUUGGAUUGGUAUUUUCAUCCUUGUUUUGGCCUUGCUCAUGUCCACGUAUACCGCUAUCAUCUUGGUGCGAUGCUUGUAUGCAAAGGGCGAUCGACGAUUGUCUUGUUACAAGGAUGUGGCUACAGCAUCAUUUGGCGCCGUAGGUGGCUGGAUCACCUUUUUCUUCAACGCAUGGCUUCUACUUGGUGUGCCCGUUUUAUACAUGGUAUUGUCGGGUGCCAAUCUUCAGGAACUCUGUAAAAACACACCCGGUGCAAUUGGUCCGACUCCAUGGACGAUCGUAUCAUGUGCCAUCAUCGCCAUCCCACUUGUAUUGCUUAAAAACAUGAAAGAAACAGCCUUGAUGAGUGCCUUUGGUUCAUUGUCAACUGCUGUUACGGUGAUCAUUGUACUUGUCGUUGCUUGUAUCGAUCAAAAGGAUGUCGGCCCUGUACACCAUGACCCUGUUAUUUGGAAUCAAUUCCCUAUUGCAUUGUCAACAAUUGCAUUCAGCUAUGGUGGCAAUGUUAUUUAUUCUCACGUGGAAGCAUCCAUGCGUCGUCCAAAAGAUUGGCCAAAGGUUGCAGCUGCAGGCCUUGGUACAUGUGCAUGCCUCUACUUCUUGACAGCUAUUCCCGGUUACUACGUCUAUGGUGUCAGCGUAAAGAGUCCCGUUUAUGACAGCAUUCCCGAUGGUGUUCCAAAGACGAUCGCCAUUGUGCUCAUGACAGCUCACGUGCUCACUGCCAGUCCACUCUUGUGCACCUCAUUCGCUCUCGAUCUUGAAGACAUGCUUGGCAUCACUGUCGAAAAGCUUGGCCGAUGGAAGGAAUUCAUUCUUCGUGCUAUUCUACGCAUUAUCGUUAUCGUCAUUGUUGGCGUUGUUGCAUGCUUUGUGCCUCACUUUGACUUGCUUAUGGGUCUAAUUGGAUCCUUCGCCAACUGUGGAUUGAUUUUCAUCUUCCCCGUGGUGUUCUAUCUCAAGCUCACUGGUGUACGCAAUAAGCCUAUCUAUGAACUCGCCUGGUGCGCACUCAUUGCUGUGUUAGGCAUUGUGGGCCUUAUCUUUGGUACCAAGGAUUCCAUUCAAGGAUUGAUCAAAGCAUAUGAAUGA